AUGUUAACGGCCGUCGCGAGAAACGGGGGGAGAGUCUCGGCCUCCGUAGCUAAAUUCUCCCUCUUUUCAACGGCGAAGAACUCGACCGGGUCCCCGACUCUGACCGGGGGGCGAGAUGUGUUCCGACACCGGUCCUCCGGGCUCGUCCUCACUCCGGCUCCCCGGCAGCUGCUCCCCGCCAGAUGCGCGUCCCUGUCGGCUGCGUCCCGUGGGGGUACGGAGCCUCCGGGGUCCCCUUCGGACACAACCGGAAACCACCCCCCGGACCGGGGGAACUUCGGCUCCUACUCCAGCGACAUUUCCUCCAGGAAGACGUUCAGGAAAGUCAGCCCCUACAUCCGGGACCUGCGGCACGGGGAUGGCGAAGAGGACGCGGUUGAUGAGCCGGUGACCUCCGUGAGGAGGCCCGGGAGGAGGAACACGCCGUACUGGUACUUCUUACAGUGCAAGAGGCUGAUCAAAGAGGACAAGCUGCAGGAGGCGCUGGACGUGUUCAGCAGGGACAUGCUGCAGGGAGAGAGGCUGCAGCCGGAGGAGUUCAACUUCUCCGUGCUGAUCGGAGGCUGUGGUCGAGCUGGACAGCUGAAGAAGGCCUUCAGACUCUACAAUGAUAUGAAGAAGCGAGGUCUGGAUGCUACGGACGCCACCUACACCGCGCUGUUUAACGCCUGCGCCGAGGCGCCUUCCAAACAAGCCGGUCUCCAGCAAGCGCUGAAGUUGGAGCAGGACCUCCGUCGCAGGAACCACCCACUCAGCACCAUCACGUACCACGCCCUCCUCAAGACACACGCCGUCACCAACCACCUUCAGGCCUGUAUUCACACCCUCCGGGAGAUGCUGCAGAACGGCCAUGCUGUAACUCAGGAGACGUUUCACUACCUGCUGAUGGGCUGUUUGAGGGACAAACAAACAGGAUUCAGACUGGCUCUACAGGUUUGGCGCCAGAUGCUGAGGUCCGGGCUUCGCCCAGACUCCAAGAACUAUAACCUGCUCCUGCGAACUGCCAGAGAUUGCGGCAUUGGCGAUCCCGCCGUGGCCACUGGCGUGCUGCUGAGGCCCGACCCGAUGGACGAGAGGACACUCGUGCCUCACGUGAAGUCCGGACACAUCGGUGUAAUAGACGUUGACCUGCUGGAGAGGCAGCUGUGUAUCCAAGCGGACCCCCGUCAGCAGGGCAGCCCGGGCAGCGAGCAGGAGCCCCACCUCAUAGACUCCACCCACUUGGUGCCGGUCAGACGAGCGGAAACCGCCUCACUGGCCGCCGACGCUGCAUCCGAUUCAAAAGGCCCCAACCUACUGGACCUUUUCGAGGGUAGGAGGGGGGGCGUGGUCUCCCUCGGCACCGUGGAUGGAGCGUCGGAUAGGCUCGCCCUCAUCGGGGGGGCGGAGGGGUUCCUGGAGAAGAUGGCGGCCGACGGCCUCAGUCCGGACCUCAGAACCGUGACCCUGCUGGCCGACGCGAUGGAGCCGGGGAGCCGGUCCCUGCAGACGCUGCUGAAGGUCGCCAAGCGGCACAAAGUGAAGCUGGACGUCGCCUUCUUUAACACCGCGAUCCGCAGAGCAGCCAGAGCUGGUGACCUGGAGGAGGCAAAGGCGGUGUUGAGUGUGAUGCGGCAGCGUAGCGUCCGCGUCGACGUGCAGACGUUUGGAAGUCUGGCGUUGGGCUGCGAGCGGCAGCAGGACGGCCUGCAGCUGCUGCGAGACAUGGAGGAGGCGGGACUUAGGCCCAACGUCCACGUGUUCUCUGCUCUGGUUGGCCGAGCAACUCGAAGGCUGGAUUUUGCUUACCUCAAAACAAUGCUGAAAAGCAUGAGAAGCAUGAGCGUGUGGCCGAAUGAGGUCAUCAUCAGACAGCUGGAGUUUGCCUCCCAGUAUCCUCCCAACUAUGACAAGUUCAAGUCCAGAAACAACUACCUGCUCCAGAUCGAUGGUUUCCGUGGUUACUACCAGCAUUGGCUGAGAGCCAUGCCUGCUCAGAGCGCCGAGGACCAUCAGGCGGACCUGAAGUCCGAGGCGGACGUCAGAGGGCUGAAGACAGAAGCUGCGGAUGGACUCACAUCGGCUCAGAGGAACCAGAGAGCAGCAGCGAGGAGGUUCAAGCCCCACAACAAGGACAAGAGGAGCAGCUCGGCUCUCUAACAGAACCUCUGCUCGUUCGUCAGCUGAUGGUCUAAGCUGUGGGGGUCUUAGGUGAUGGAACUUCCUUCAGUUAUUGCAAAUCCAUUGAUUUUCCCUACAGAUGUAAAUGAUUGUAAUCUAUAUUGCAAUAAAGUACAAUUCAAGUUUGAAACCUGAA